GCUUCUCUCCUCUCUCACUCGGCAAUGAAAAAAAAAGGAAAUCGAAAUUAUUUUUUUUUGGUAAUAACAAAAAUAAAAUACUCCUUAUCUUAUGAUCUCCAGAAUCAGCUGCUGAAGUUUCUCGAGAGAGCUAACCAUAUCUCUCUCUUCUUCCUUCUAUACCCGAUUCCUCAGCUCUUAGAUGUAAAAAACAAACAGUGUGAGGGAGGCGGUGAUGAAGGACAACUUGAGUAAUUUUGAGAAAAGUUUGUACAAAAAGCUCAAGAGUGGAAAGCUCGAAGUGAAAGUCUCUUACCGUACUUUCCUCUGUCCUUAUUGCCCUGACAACAAGAAGAAGGUUGGUCUUUAUCUUGACAUCCUUCAGCAUGCUUCUGGUGUUGGUAAUAGCAAUUCCAAGAAAAGAAGUCUCACUGAGAAAGCUAGCCACCGUGCUCUUGCCAAAUACCUUAUUAAAGAUCUUUCUCAUUACGCUACUACUAGAAUUUCCAAGCGUUUACAAGCCAGAAGAGCUGCUGAAACCCUCGGCGGCGGCAUUACUCUUCCGGUUUAUGAUGAUCAGUUCGAGAAACUUGUCUGGCCUUGGAAAGGCGUUUUGGUUAAUAUUCCCACAACGUUGUCACAAGAUGGCCUAACUUGUACUGGAGAGAGUGGACCAAGACUUAAGGAUGAAUUGAUACGAAGAGGGUUCAACCCGAUAAGAGUUCGUACUGUGUGGGACCGUUUUGGUCAUUCUGGAACCGGAAUAGUGGAGUUUAAUAGAGACUGGAAUGGACUUCACGAUGCUUUGGUGUUCAAGAAGGCUUAUGAAGCUGAUGGUCAUGGCAGAAAGGAUUGGCUGUGUGGUGAUGCUGACUCAAGCCUUUAUGCAUGGCUUGCCAAUGCAGAUGAUUACUAUAAGGCUGACUAUUUAGGAGAAAACUUGCGGAAGACGGGUGACCUCAAAAGUAUUUCUAGGUUUGCAGAAGAAGAGGCCAGGAAAGAACAAAAGCUUAUGAACUCUCUAAACGUAAUGGUUGAGAGCAAAACAAAUCGGUUGAAGAAGUUAGAGGAAAAAUAUUCAAAGGAUUCGAUUAAACUUAAGUAUGAGACUGAAGAAAAAGAAAAGAUUCUCCGUGCUUACAAUGAAGAUCUGACGGGAAGACAACAAAAAUCGACUGAUCACUUCAAUAGGAUCUUUGCUGAUCAUGAAAAGCAAAAGGUGCAGCUGGAGUCUCAGAUGAAAGAACUUGAAAUCAAAGAAUUGGAGUUAGCAAAACGUGAGGCAAAGAAUGAAACACAAAGGAAAUUAUUGGCAAAAGAGUUUGAACAGAGUGCUGCUAUAUAUAGUUACGUUCAACUAGCUGCCGUGGAACAACAAAAGACCAGAGAGAAAGUGCAAAAAUUGGCUGUAGAUCACAAGAUGCAAAAGGAAAAGCUUCAUAAGAGAAUUGCUGCACUAGAAAGACAGCUUGAACAGAAACAAGAGCUUGAACUGGAGGUCGAGCAACUGAAAAGACAGCUGGGACUGAUGAGACACAUGGAACUGGACGGUGGUUCUGAAAUUGUGAACAAGGUGGAGACGUUCCUCAGAGACCUUAGUGAGCAAGAAGGAGAGCUUGCGCGCUUAAAUAAAUUUAAUCAAGAUCUUGUUGUACAAGAGCGGAAGACCAAUGAUGAGCUUCAAGAAGCUCGAAGAGCAUUGAUAAGCAAUUUGAGAGAGACGAGAUCGCAUAUUGGUGUUAGGAGAAUGGGGGAGCUUGACACCAAACCGUUCAUGGAAGCAAUGAAAAUAAAAUAUUGUCAAGAAGAUCUGGAGGAUUGGGCAGUUGAAGUUAUCCAGCUUUGGGAGGAAUAUCUUAAGGACCCAGAUUGGCAUCCGUUUAAACGGAUAAAGCUUGAGACUGAAGAAACUGUAGUGGAAGUAAUAGAUGAGGAUGACGAGAAGUUAAGAAACCUGAAGAAUGAAUUGGGGGAUAAUGCGUACCAAGCAGUGGCAAAUGCAUUGCUGGAAAUAAACGAGUACAAUCCGAGUGGAAGGUACAUCUCUUCAGAGCUGUGGAACUUCAGAGAAGACAGGAAGGCUACGCUUGAGGAAGGUGUUACUAGUCUCCUGGAGCAAUGGAAUCAGGCGAAACGUCAUAAGCCUUAAAAAUUAUUGUAUUUACCCGUUGCAGGAGAUUGGAAAUAAGUUAUCUGCAUAAAGGAUAUCAAGAUGCCAAAUCCAAUAAGUGUAUCAUCUUUGAAGCUGUAUGGGUCUCAGGUUUGGUAAGUAGGUGGAAAGUACAGGAGGAUGGCUUCAAAUUGGGAUGUGGAUCGGAAUUGGAACCGUUUCAACACGACGGUUCACCAUUGUAGGAAAGUAAAGUAACUAACAUUGGUAGAAGCUUCUAAACCUUUAGAGAAGGUCUUUAAAUUUAUGAAGAAAUGAACACUUUUAACUGAAUUAGUCAAUUAGAGUCUUUCACCAAUAAGAAUAAGAAACACUCCACUAUGUCUUGUAUUCCUAUUCCAUAGUCAAGAGCAGUAUUUUAUAUCUUU